CACACACACACUCUCCAAUCAUCUCCUUUCACUCUGUUUUUCUCUAAAGCUUGAACCUUUUAUUUACAUCAAUUUUUCCUUGGGAGAUCAAAAAAUGGCAGAAUCAGGCGGCUGCUGCCGGUGCUGCUUCAGCUUCAUCUUCACUCUUGGCCUCACAGCCCUCUUCAUGUGGCUCAGCCUUCGCACCUCAAAACCCACCUGCAAAGUCCGCUCAUUAUACAUUCCUGCCCUCAACAAGACCCUAAACGACACCACAAACAAGACCCUUUACGUCACCCUCAGGCUGGAGAACGGCAACAAGGACAAGGGAAUUUACUACGAUGCCAUCAACCUCAAUUUCACUCUGCCCAACGCCACUAAGCCCAUAGCUACUGCUGUUGUGCCCAGCUUCUACCAGGGGCAUCAGAAGAAGGCCACAAAGUCUGCGGUUGGGGAGCCCAAGGAGCUCAACUGGACAGUUGUCUCCCAUGCAACCUACUCUAAUGGGACUGUGCAUUUCAGGGUGGAUUUGGUCACCGCUGUGAGGUUCAAGAUCAUGUUCUGGAGGACCAAGAGGCGCAGGUUGAUGGUUGGGGCAGAUGUGGUGGUCAACGACUCUGGGGGUUACGUCAACCCCAAGAACAAGAAGGAUAUCAAGCUCUCUGCUGCACCAGAUCAUCAGAUGAUUAAGUGCCUUCUUGGGCAGGUGGGGCUUUUUGCCAAUUUGUUGGUCUUGAUUUUGCUCAAUUUGUGAUUUUGCUCCAAUGACUGAACUGCAUUUCAGUGUUAUUUUUUAUUUUUGAUUAUUAUUUUUCUGUUCUUUUUUUAACUUAGGAAGGAAGAAAUUGGUGCUAACUUUUUGUACCAGAAUAUUGAAAUGGAAUUUCAAAUUUUUGGUGGCUAUUUA